UGCCAUACAACCAAUUAGAAUACUGGUCUUGGUUCUGUGGGCGGGACCCACGACUACUCCAAUCACACGCGUGCCUCGGCCAAGGUUGGGUUCGCUGCAGGAACAGUGGAACUGCUGCUGUCACUUAAAAAGCCCAGUUGUCCAUCCAGCACCAUGGGGAAGAAGAGUCGAGUGAAGAUCCAGAAGUCCGGCUCAGGAGCCAGCGCUGCAGUUUCCCCCAAGGAGAUGAUGAACCUGAUCUCAGAGCUGCUGCAGAAAUGCAGCAGUGCAGCACCCUCUGCUGGUAAAGAGUGGGAGGAGUAUGUCCAGAUCAGAGGCCUGGUGGACAAGAUUCGCAAAAAACAAAAGGGUAUGUCAACAGUGUUUGACGGCAGCAGAGAGGACUACUUUCCAGACUUGUUGUCCUGGGCUCGGGACAACGGGGCGUCCUGCGACAGCUUCACAGUGGGAAACUUUGGGGCCGAGGGCUACGGCUUGAGGGCCACCAGAGACAUCAAGGCAGAGGAACUGUUCCUGUGGAUUCCCAGGAAGAUGCUAAUGACUGUGGAGUCGGCCCAGAACUCUGUACUGGGUCCUCUCUACAGCCAGGACCGGAUCCUGCAGGCCAUGGGCAACGUGACACUGGCCUUCCACCUGCUGUGUGAGAGGGCCGACCCUGCUUCCCCCUGGCUGCCGUACAUCCGCAGUCUUCCCCAGGACUACGACACGCCGCUUUACUACCAGCAGGAAGAGGUGCAGUUGCUCCUCGGGACUCAGGCAGUGCAGGACGUCCUGAGCCAGUAUAAGAACACGGCACGCCAGUACGCGUACUUCUACAAACUGGUACAGACUCACCCUGCUGCCUGCAAGCUGCCCCUGAAGGACAGCUUCACAUUCGACGACUACAGGUGGGCGGUGUCCUCUGUGAUGACCCGCCAGAACCAGAUCCCGACUGAGGACGGCAGCCGGGUGACUCUGGCCCUCAUCCCCCUGUGGGACAUGUGCAACCACACAAAUGGACUGAUCACCACUGGCUACAACCUGGAGGAUGACCGCUGUGAAUGUGUGGCACUGCAGGACUACAAGGAGAACCAACAGAUUUAUAUCUUCUACGGCACGCGAUCCAACGGCGAGUUCGUCAUCCACAACGGCUUCUUCUUCCAAGACAACGCCCACGACAGAGUGAAGAUCAAGCUGGGCGUCAGUAAGAGCGAGCGCCUCUACGCCAUGAAGGCCGAAGUGCUGGCCCGAGCCGGCAUCCCAGCGUCGUGCAUCUUUGCUCUGCACUGUAAUGAACCCCCCAUUUCAGCCCAGCUCCUAGCAUUCCUCAGAGUCUUCUGCAUGACCGAGGAGGAACUGAAGGACUACCUGCUCGGAGAUGGAGCAUUCAAUAAGAUCUUCACUCUGGGUAACAGCGAGUUCCCGGUCAGCUGGGAGAAUGAGAUCAAGCUGUGGACCUUCCUGGAGACGCGAGCUGCUCUGCUCCUCAAGACCUACAAGACCAGCUCCCAGGAGGACUGCUCCAUGCUGGACAAGCCGGACCUGUCUCUCCAUUGCCGUGUGGCAAUCCAGCUUCGCCUGGCUGAGAAGCAGAUCCUGGAGAAGGCUUCGGCCAGCGGCCGCGCCAAACGUCUGCACUUUGAGAAGAAGCUGGAGGACGGCGCCCCCCUGCCUCGCUACCAGGAAAGUGACAUCGCUUUGCUGGAGAAUACUGACGAUGCACUGAAGAUUCCUAUGGUGCUCCAUGAGUUUGAAGAGGUGAAGGAAGGCCAGCAGACGCAGGAGCACUAUGACCUCGUCAAUGGGCAGAAGGAUGUGUACGCUGUGGAGGUAGAGGCCAGUGGGGAGACCAGAGGAGAUGCUUAUUCCACUUUGGACUCCACUGGAAGUUCAAGUGGUUGUAGAACUGAAGAGGAUCCCAAAGAGUGCAGUGAAUAAAUACCUGUCCCUUAACGCCACAGCUUGAUGCUAUUUACUUAUUUUUGUGUCUGUUGAACGACUCGAAGAAAUGGAAUCUGAAGUUGGUGGACUUUAGUGACUGUUGGUACGGCGCUUUGCUUCUUGUGUUCCACUGCUGUUGUAGGUUGACAAAGCUGCCACUGUGUUGCACAACCAGCUCCUUUUUUUUACAUCUGAAACAGCUGGAAAGCUCCAGAUUAGGAAGAAAGUGACUAUUACUGCGCUUAUCACUGCUAUUGAUGUUUGUGUUUAAAGAUCAGUCAACCUGACCUCAGGCUGACCUCCACUUAUAAGCAAUGUGUAAAAUGUCCAGCAUGCUUUGAGUCAUUGAGACCAUCACUGAUCACUGCCCUAUUCUUACUACUUUUUAUCAAGCUAGACAUACAAUACUCCUGCUGAGAAACACCUGUUUUCCUUGGAUGGUUACUGCUCUGGUUUGGAGUGACAGGCAAAAAUGGAAAAUGUUUUUGCUUUCUUAAAGAACAUGUUACUUUUUACCAUCACAUUGUACAUUUUCCACCAUUGAAUAAUGUUUGAAGUAUAUUUGUGAAUGUAGGUUUGAGUGAGGAUCUGUGGGGUCGCCCAAAGGCAGAGGUCAUUGGUCACAGAGAAAGCCACAAGACACUUCCUGUGUGCUAAAUACGGAAACAUUGUGUAGGCUCUUACUCUCUGUAGCUGGUUUAACUGCACAGGGGGGGCACAACAACCCUAACAUCACUGACCCAGUCAGACAUCUCCAUCAGAUGUGCUUAUGCAGUUCAACCUGUUCACACAAACCACUAGAGAGGUUUGGAAUAAAUGAGGUGAAAUGUCAAAUCUCAAGUGUCCAUUUGCAGCACUACAGCAGGAACACCAGGGUCACUGGAUGCAGCUCGAAGGCAACACGACAACGGCGAGCCGUCACAGGAAGUGGGCUGUUUGCAGAUGGCAGUGCGAUGGAUAAACCGCAUACUGCUUGUCUCUGGACUUCAGAAGCACAGUGUCCCCUAAAUGUGACCCCUAAGGUUGAGUUACCACUGCCACCGUGAGCACUUUGUAGCACACAUGUCUGUGGCUCCAGCUCUUUUUCAUCCCGGAUCUGUAAUCUUUUUUUAAACAAAGAGUUCUCUGCUUCUAAAAACA